CUUAAAAGGAUUUAUCAUUACUUAAAAAUGACAAUAAUCUCAUUUUUAAAUUUUAUGUAAAAUAAAGCAAUGCCAGUAUAGGUUUCGUUUUGGUAAUAUCUUGUUUGUAAAAAGGACUAGAGAGGCUGGGGAUUCUUGGAUUCUUGAGAUGAAAAUAUGGAUAUCCACGAUAAGAUAGAAACAACAACAAAUGCAUCUACCGAUGCUUUUACUACAGCAAGAUAUCAGGACAUAUUAAUAGGGUGUCUGUUAGCCAUUGGAGGAAAUCUUCUUAUAAGUGUCUCAUUGAAUAUUCAGAAAUACAGUCACAUGAAAAAUGCGGAGAAUCCAACCCCGGUCCACUACACUAGAGAUCCACUGUGGUGGAGUGGAAUUCUUCUAAUGGGUCUAGGUGAAAUUGGCAAUUUCUCUGCAUAUGGAUUUUCCCCAGCAUCACUUGUAGCACCCUUAGGAACAACAACAGUUGUAGCCAAUAUGUUCUUGGCGGCUUUGGUUUUAAAAGAGAAAAUAAAAGCUGAGCAUUUGUUUGGAUCUGCUCUGGCUGUUAUAGGAGCAUUUCUCCUUAUUGCUUUCUCUGCAAAAAAUGAAAAAGUAUUGAAUGGAGAUGAAUUAAAUCAAGCCCUCACUCAGCUAUCUUUUGUGAUUUAUAUUUGCGUGGAACUGGUAGUGCUAGGUGUACUAUUCUUCUUCCUCUACUACAAGGAAAUGAAGAAAGUGGUCAUAUUUUUACUCAUUUCCUCUGUUGUUGCUUCAUUCACUGUUAUAGCAGCUAAGGCCGUGUCCAGCUCGUUACAGCUGUCCUUUGCCGGGAAUUCCCAGUUCUCCUAUCCCAUCCUCUACAUCAUGAUCGUCGUAAUGAUUGUCACAGCCAUCACACAGGUCAAGUAUUUAAAUGAAGCUAUGAAGAACUUUGAUGCUACAGUAGUGGUGCCAACUAAUUUUGUCUUCUUUACUAUAAGUGCAAUCAUAGCAGGUAUAGUUUUCUACAAAGAGUUUUGGGGCAUGAAUGGUUUGGAGAUAUUCAUGUUUUUUAUAGGGUGCUUUUUAUCAUUCAUCGGUGUCUAUUUCAUCACACUUGGAAAAAUGUCCGCCAGUAAUGGAGAAGAAGUAGGAGAACCUUCAUCGUCCACGGAGUAUGCCCAGCAGAUUUCUCCAGGAAUAUUUCCCUCCUGGCUGCUGGCUUCAGUAAAUGUAGGGGAGGUUCAGCCAAAGGGGGAGGUAACCCAUUUGUCCGAUUCUGACCGAGAGCCAUUCUUUCAGUCCAAAUCUGGAGCGGAGAGCUUCACGUCCCAAGACACCAUGUAUAGCUCUACCAGCUCCCCGGUCCAGACCCUUGGAACUCAAGCUAAUUACGGGGCCACAGAGCAGUGAGCUCAUUGCGCCAUGGGUCACAAAACCAAAUACCAGUACAAUUUAUACAUUGUGCUUGUAGUUAUUUACUUACCGUACUUAACAUUCAAGUAGUGUGGAUUAGGUAUAUAUAUGUUUAUUUAUGGAUGUGUUGACCAAAGCUUGAUUUGCAUAAUAUCAUUCAUGUGACCAAAAGCUUAGUCUGCAUAAUAUCAUUCAUGUGAUAUAUUAGUACAUGUGUAUGUGUAUUGUAUAAGUGAAUCUCUAUUUUGAGCUGUGAAUAUUAUAAUGAUGUGCAAUAUACAGUUUACAUUCUGAAAUCCUUUGUUUCAAUGUCUUUCAAUGUCAUUAACAAAGUAUAUGUCUUUGUGACUAUCUUUCGUUUUCUCCUUUUUUUUGUUAAACCAUUCCUUUGAAUAUAGAUAUUUAUUUUUUUUAACUCUGAUGUCUUUCUGAUAGUAUAGUUUGGGUACUUUUUUUUCAUUGUUCAUUUGAAUAUAAAUGAAUUUUCAUUUCAUGAGAUUAAACAUUAUUAUUAUUAUUAUGUUAUUUAAAAUCAUGAUAUUAUAAGUUUUUUCAACAUUUAGAAAAGGUAUCGCAAUAAGUUACUUUUUUUGUUUUUCUUUUCAAUAACCAGGUACUAUACCUUUAUUAAUGUGGAAUCUUGUGGUGUCUCAAUUUUCAUUGUCUCAAUUUUCAUUAAAUUUGUAGGUACUCCAUUGCCCACAAACUGCAUCCUUAUUGAAUUAUGAAAUACAUGUAACACUAAUUGUUAUUUACAUGCUAAUAACAUACAAGUAAAAAUGAGUCCCUCAUAACCUGUAAAAAAUUGACAAUCCAUUGGUCCCUACGAAUUUAACCAGUUCCAUGGUAAUUACAAAUCACAUGAAAAAAGAAAAUUAAUUGUAUGACAUGUCCAUAGUAUUACAAAUGUAUUGAAGAUUUACAUGGAUUUAGUUAAAACAGCAAGGAUGAUGAAAAUGAACUCAUUCAUAGUUAUUUGAUUGAGUUUUGAUCACUCGAAGUGGCUCAAUGUUCAAAAGAAUUUUCAAUGUUAAAUGAAAUUGUCAAGAUGAUUUAUAUUUAUUAUUGCCUUCUACUAAGUAUAUUUAUAAUCUUUGAUAUAAUAUUUAUGAUUUACAAUUUAUUAAGUGCCCUUUGCAUUUUAUACAAGUAUUACAUUCACAUUCAUGGGUAUAAUGGAGACUGGGGCUUAUGGUGUUAAGAGAAUACAUGUACA